CCAUGUGUAUGAAAAAUAUACCUGGAGUUUUCAGUCCAUAACAACAAAAACAUUGUAGUUGUUGCACAAUUUCGUAGCUUUUCUAGCUCGUUUUUCAAUAAUGUCUUCCGAUACUUUUGGCUUGGAAUUAAGUUUUCAAUUGGUCUCAGACGCAAUCAAACGCAAAGAUGAUGUAUUAGUAGUUCUCGUGCAUUGGUUUCUCACAAAAUUUGGGUUCCGGUGCAUCGGUGUGGGUGACGAUAAAUCGUUGUCAGGAAACGAAAAUGGAAGUGAAUUACUUCCAUCUGGUUGGAGUAAUUCAGAGACUUAUUCUCUCCGCUAUGUGUAUGGCGGAGACCUUUACAUUUUAAGAGGAGUUCGUGCUGAUGACACCCUGAUUUUUAAUUUGUUGCGUACUUCAGAUUUAAAUGUUUCCAACCUUGCUGUUAAUGUGGGCGAGGUGGUUUCUGCAACCACAGGCAAUGUGGGAACAAUGGUGCCAUCUCAUGUUAGCCUAGUUGAGCGCAUUCGUAAAGAGCUCGUUGAGCCAGUCACCAAGAAAGUGUCAUCUGAGGCUAUGACACAAACACCCACUGAAAACCCUAGUCAGGGACAUCCCUCAGCACUGGAGCAUGACCGCUAUGACCCACUGAGAGUACCAGGUUCAGGAGGUUCAGGAAUUCGUGGACCUAGUGGUUUUCCUCAUUCUGUUGACCCGUUCAACUAUGGCCGUUCUGAUCUGGAUCCUCUUGGAAUUGGUGGACCUGGCCGGGGAGGAGCGGGUGGAAUGCUCUUUGAUCCAUUCCAUGGUCCAAGAGGAAUGCUACCACCGGGAGGAUUACCCAGGGGUCGGGUACCUGGUGCACGAUUUGAUCCUGUUUUCCCACCCGGAGCUGGACGUGGUGGAAGAGGAGGCUUCAAUCCUGAUCCGGACCAUCUGCCCCCUCCUGGUUAUGAUGAUAUGUUUAUGUGAAAGGACAGGUGUUUUUCCUCACAUAUUUUUUUGUCCCUCAAGAUUUGUUUCUUUCAGUAUUCAAGUUUCUUGCUAUACUUUGAUGUUGUAUCUCAUAAAUUUGAUAUAUUUGAACAAAGGUCUUGAACUGAAUUGUAUUAUCGACCAAUUGUGAUACGACCAUACUAUUCCACUUUGUACUUCUUGUAUUAAAUUGGUAAUAAAAAUAAUUUUGUGGAGA